GCCCCACCCAUCUGCCAGGGCAGAGAGCAGCUUCUUCCCUGUCAGACUUCCAUUCGGCCAGUCUGCCCUGAGGGUCAGGGCAGCAAAAAGAGGGAGAACUUCAAACCCAAUGGAGUCCAGGCAGCUUGCAGCUGCUUGGUCGAUACACAGUGGCGGAGCAGAAGAGGAAGGGGCCGUGGCCUCUUACACCCCACCCACAUCACCCGGGAGAGUGCGUGCGACUGAGGAAACAGGAUGUGGUCCUCUAGUCUCCAUUACCAAACAUGAAAAGGGUGACCAUUGGUCAUGCGACAGCUCUGCUUCUUCCUCCGAGAGUGAGGACGAGGACAGUAAAGCCAGAAGGAAGAAAAAGAAGAAGCUGAAAAAGAAGAAGAGCAAGAGGUUCCGGUCAUCCUCCGCUUCCAGUAGCUCCUCAGACAGCGACAGCAGUGAGGAUGAAAGAAAAAGAAGGAAAAGGAAAGAGAAGGGCGUGACGACAAUCAUACCUGAAUCAGGCCUGGUGCUGGAAAUAGUGUUAACACCACUGAAGGAGCAGAACGAUGAGCUGGAGAGGAAGAAAGCAAGAAAAGACAGUGCUAGAUCUAUUUUGCUCUAUUUCAUCAAUGGUGCCAAUAACUCUGGGCCUGACUGUACAUCUUCAUCUCUUGCCCAGAAGAAGAAAAUGAAGAAGAAGGACAAGAAAAAGCGAAAGAAGAAGAAGAAGAAGAAGAACAAGAAGAAUAAGAAGAAUAAGAAGAAAAAUAAGAAAAAGAACAAGAAGAAGAAGGAUUCCAGCUCAUCUUCCUCAUCUGAUAGCUCUUCCUCGGACAGUGAAGAUGAGGAAAAGAAAAAGAAGAUGAAAAAGAAGGCCAAGAAGAAAAAGAAGGAUUCGUCCUUCGACAGUUCCAGCGAAGAUGAAAAGAGGAAGAAAAAGAAAAAGAAGGAGAAAAAGAGGAAGAAGAAAAACAAGAAGAAGCAAAGGAAGAAAGAUAAGAAAAAGUACUACAGCUCCAGCUCCAGUUCAUCCUCCUCUGAGAGCGAAGAAAAACAGUCAGUCAAGAGCAUUAAGAAAGAGAAUGGAGAAUGCUCACUUUGGGAUGAUGGUGCAGAGAAAAAGGAGGUGCGGACGGAGUUUGAGGAAGGGAAGACGGGUGAAGAGUGCUUGGCUGGUGCUUCAGAAUUCCCUGCAGAGGCGGAGCAGGACUGCAGGAGAUGUGAUGAUGAAGAAAGAAGAGAGGAAGCAAAGGAGAAGUUGAAGAAAAAGAAAAAGGAAUCUGCUUCAUCAUCAUCUUCCUCAUCUUUGGACAGUUCAUCUUCAGACAGCGAAGAUGACAAGAAAAAGAAGAAGAAGAAAAAGAAGAAAAAGAAAAAGAUGAAGAAGAAGAAGAAGGACUCCAGCUCAUCUUCAUCCUCCCGAAGACUCCUCAUCGUCUUCAGAGAGCGAUGACGAUGACAAAAAGAAAAAGAAGAAGAAGAAGAAGAAGAAGAAGAAAAAGAAGAAGAAGAAGGCAAAGAAGGAUUCCAGCUCAUCUUCAUCAGACUGUUCUUCAUCAGACAGUGAUGACGACAAGAGGAAGAAAAAGAAGAA